AUUUUUAUUUUUUUUUAUUUUUUGUUUUGCUGCUGCUGCUGCUCCUGCUGCUGCUCCUGCUCCGUGCGGUGAAGGAGGAGGCGCUGAAGGAGAAAAACCGAGACGUGGGGGGAGAAGAGGAGAUGUCUAACCAAGGAGUCCGGCGGAACGGCCCAGUGAAGCUCCGACUAACAGUCCUCUGCGCCAAAAACCUGGUGAAGAAAGAUUUCUUCCGCCUCCCCGAUCCUUUCGCCAAGGUUGUUGUGGACGGCUCGGGGCAGUGCCAUUCCACAGACACUGUGAGGAACACGCUCGACCCGAAAUGGAACCAGCACUAUGACUUAUACAUCGGGAAAUCGGACUCGAUCACCAUCAGCGUGUGGAAUCACAAGAAAAUCCACAAGAAGCAAGGGGCUGGGUUCCUGGGCUGUGUCCGCCUUCUGUCCAACGCUAUCAACCGCCUUAAAGACACGGGCUGUAAGUACCAGAGACUAGACUUGAACAAGCUGAGUCCCAAUGACAGCGACACAGUCAGAGGCCAGAUAGUGGUGAGCCUGCAGUCUAGGGACCGGAUAGGCACAGGAGGCCCCGUGGUGGACUGCAGUCGACUGUUUGACAAUGAUCUUCCAGAUGGCUGGGAGGAGAGGAGGACAGCGUCUGGACGGAUCCAGUACUUGAACCACAUCACACGCACCACACAGUGGGAGAGGCCUACCAGGCCGGCAUCAGAGUACUCCAGCCCCGGCCGGCCUCUCAGCUGCAUCGUGGACGAGAACACGCCCAUCAGCACGAACGGCGCCACGCCCACCACGGCGUUGCCGCCCAGUGGCGGUGACCAGCGCGCCCAGGAGAGACGGGUCCGCUCCCAGAGGCACCGCAACUACAUGAGCAGAACCCACCUGCACACGCCCCCGGACCUCCCUGAGGGAUAUGAGCAGAGGACCACGCAGCAAGGCCAAGUGUACUUUCUCCACACUCAGACGGGUGUCAGCACGUGGCAUGACCCCAGAGUACCGAGAGAUCUGAGUAAUGUGAACUGUGAGGAACUGGGUCCUCUGCCUCCUGGAUGGGAGAUACGGAACACAGCCACCGGGAGGGUUUACUUUGUCGACCACAACAACCGAACCACGCAGUUCACGGACCCGCGCCUCUCCGCCAACCUGCAUCUAGUCCUAAAUCCAAGCCCCAACGGUUCUCGCGGAGGCAUCGAAAGUCAGAACGUCAGUCGUCAGAACCAGUUGAAGGAUCAGGCCCAGCAGGCUCUGGUGUCCCCCGGUCAACUCCCAGAGGAGGCCGAGUGCCUCACGGUGCCCAAGUACAAGAGAGACCUUGUUCAGAAGCUCAAGAUCCUCCGCCAGGAACUGUCCCAGCAGCAGCCUCAGGCUGGCCACUGCCGCAUCGAGGUGUCCCGCGAGGAAAUCUUUGAGGAAUCGUACCGACAGGUGAUGAAGAUGAGGCCGAAGGACCUGUGGAAGAGGCUGAUGGUGAAGUUCAGAGGAGAGGAGGGGCUGGAUUACGGAGGCGUGGCCAGGGAGUGGCUCUACCUGCUGUCCCAUGAGAUGCUGAACCCGUACUACGGCCUGUUCCAGUACUCCCGUGACGACAUUUACACGCUGCAGAUAAACCCGGACUCUGCUGUCAACCCUGAGCACUUGUCGUACUUUCACUUCGUGGGCCGUAUCAUGGGGAUGGCGGUGUUCCACGGCCACUACAUCGACGGAGGCUUCACUCUGCCCUUCUACAAACAGCUGCUGGGUAAACCCAUCACCCUGGACGACAUGGAGUCCGUGGACCCGGACCUGCACAACAGCCUCGUGUGGAUCCUGGACAACGACAUCACAGGUGUGCUGGACCACACCUUCUGUGUAGAACACAACGCCUACGGAGAGAUCAUCCAACACGAGCUCAAGCCCAACGGUAAGAGCAUCCCCGUCACCCAGGACACCAAGAAGGAGUACGUCCGGCUCUACGUCAACUGGCGUUUCCUGCGAGGCAUCGAGGCCCAGUUCCUGGCCCUGCAGAAGGGCUUCAACGAGGUCAUCCCCCAACACCUGCUGAAGGCUUUCGACGAGAAGGAGCUUGAGCUGAUCGUAUGCGGCCUGGGCAAAAUCGACAUCAACGACUGGAAGUCCAACACGCGGCUCAAACACUGCACCCCGGACAGCAACAUCGUGAAGUGGUUCUGGAAAGCCGUGGAGUCCUUCGACGAGGAGCGAAGAGCGCGGCUGCUGCAGUUUGUCACCGGCUCCUCCAGGGUUCCCCUGCAAGGCUUCAAGGCCCUUCAAGGUGCCGCCGGCCCGCGGCUCUUCACCAUCCACCAGAUCGAUGCCAGCACCAACAACCUGCCCAAAGCGCACACCUGUUUCAACCGGAUCGACAUUCCUCCGUACGAGCACUACGACAAACUGUACGACAAGUUGCUCACUGCCAUCGAGGAGACGUGCGGCUUCGCCGUCGAGUGAGUCGCCCCCCUGCGCUCUCGCAGAGACGAGGAAACAACCAGAAACAACAUGGUUUGGCCGUGAUGAACCUCCCCUCCUCCUACAAAUCAAUCCACUCAGACAGAGCGAGGGCAGAGGGGAGGGGGGGUCAUCCACGGAUGCUUCACCCAGGGGACGCCUAUACUUCCUGGGGUCGUGGCUAAGCUAAAGGAGGGUGGGCAGAGAAGGCCAGAACAUGUCAUGUUGCUUUUCUUU